AGCUCCUGCAGUCAGAAGAUUACGCACGCACAGCCAUUUAUCGCAGCGACUUGGACUUGCCUCCUGUUGAAACUUGUCAAGGUUUUAAUAACAAACACGUAGUCACUAAGCACGUGUCAUGUUUCUUGAGGAGAUCUUCUGUAUGUCUACUUCUGGAGUGACUGUGCUCCUCUGUGUCUUCUCUCUGCUCCUGCUGGCUCUCCGUGGUCAGCGAAGAACAUGUGGCACCUUGCCUCCAGGUCCCAGACCAUGGCCGCUAGUUGGCAAUCUCCUCCAGAUUGGGGAACAGGUCCAUUUGUCCCUAACUAACCUGAGGGUUCAGUAUGGAGAUGUGUUCCAGAUGAAGAUGGGUUCUCUUGUGGUGGUGGUUUUGAGCGGCUAUUCUACGGUCAAAGAGGCUUUGGUGCGACAAGGAGAGGCAUUUGCCGGACGUCCUGAUUUUUUCUCCUUCUCGGCGAUCGCUAAUGGCGAAAGCAUGACAUUUAGUGAGAAGUAUGGUGAAGCUUGGGUGCUUCACAAAAAGAUUUGCAGAAAUGCUUUGAAGACCUUCUCGCAAGCUGAAGCCAGAGACUCGAGUGCUUCUUGUCUCUUAGAGGAACAUAUCUGUGCAGAAGCCUUGGAGAUGGUGGAGGCUCUGAAGGAACAAGGAGAUGAGGCUGGAGAGGAGGGGAUCGAUCCCUCAAUACUGCUUGUGACCUCGGUUGCCAAUGUGGUUUGCGCUCUGUGUUUUGGGAAGAGAUACGACUAUAAUGAUACAGAGUUCCUAACCAUUGUCAACAUUAAUACGGAAGUUCUGCGCAUCUUCGCUGCGGGGAAUCUGGCGGACUUCUUUCCCAUCUUUCGUUACCUACCCAGUCCCUCUUUGAGAAAGAUGUUUCAGUUCAUAAACAGGAUGAAUGAUUUUAUGGAACACAACAUCAAGGAACAUCUCAAUACCUUUGAUAGGAACUGUAUCCGGGACAUCACAGAUGCUUUAAUAGCAAUGUGUGAAGACAGAGAUGAGGACGGAGAGAAAGCUACACUCAGCAAUUCACAGAUCGUGCACAGUGUCAUCGACAUCUUUGGAGCCGGUUUUGACACUAUCAUCACAGGUUUACAGUGGAGCCUUUUAUACCUGAUCAAGUUUACAGACAUUCAAGCUAAAAUCAUCCAAGAGAUAGAUAACCAGGUUGGGAUGAGCAGGCUUCCACAGUUUAAAGACAAACCAAACAUGCCAUACACUGAGGCUUUCAUAUAUGAGGUGUUUCGUCAUGCAUCUUACGUGCCUUUCACUAUACCUCACUGCACAACAGAAAACAUUACAUUUAAUGGAUACUUCAUCCCCAAAGACACAUGUGUGUUUAUCAACCAAUAUCAAGUCAAUCAUGACAUGGAGAUUUGGGGUGAUCCAGAGUCCUUCCGCCCUGAACGCUUCCUCACCCAGUCUGGUAUUGUAAAUAAAACACUCACAGAGAAAGUAAUGAUAUUCGGAAAGGGAACACGCCGCUGCCUCGGUGACAAUUUUGCCCGUCUGGAGAUGUUUGUGUUCUUAACCACUCUGCUCCAUCGUCUAAACAUAGAGAACGUUCCUGGGCAGGAGCUUGACCUGAGCUCCACAUUUGCCCUCACCAUGAAGCCCAAACACUUCCGAAUAAAAAUCUCACCUCGUAACUAAAUAUGCUAUCAGUAUUCUGUUUCUUUGUUAUUUGUAAUUAUACAGACAUCAAAUGGACAGAAUCAUGUCUGAAAUGUAAGCCCUGGAUAAGCAUUCUUCCCAGAUAUUUGCUGUUGCACAUAUUUUUCAUGUCUGUGCAAUAUUUGUGUUAAUGCAUGAAGGGUCAUGAAAGUGUUUUGGCUUCGGUGUGUACUUUUUUUUUAAGUGGAAAGCCACAAAGUCAAUUUUAUAGCCUUUUUUAAAAAGCUAAAACGCCUCCUUAAACAAAAAUGAUGUUUUACUUGGUUUGUGUGUAUAAAAAUGAUGUGAGCGAUGUGUAUAAAAAUGAUAUUUUAUAUGUUGUUUUAUAAGCCAAAAAUGUGAUGAAUGGUAUUGAUGACUUUGCAUUAAUGAACAACGCAUUUUACAUCUUAACAGAACGUAUAGACCUUGAUGAUAAUAUAGGUUUUAAACCUUUUAAGGUUUUUUUUG